UGUUGAGAAGAGAGAGUUCCCUAUCUCCAUUGCUCACCAUCUCCAUCUCCCCCUCAUCUUCCUCUCAAAUAACUUCCUCCAUUAUAUUUCUUCUGGGUUUUCUCUACAUCUUUUUUCCAAUCUCGGUAUGAGGAGAGGAAGAGGCUCUUCCGCCGUCGCCGUCGCCGGACCCACCGCGGUUGCCGUCACCGGCGCCGUCAUCGGAAACCACAACGGAUCUCUCAAGGAGACUCGAUUCAGAGGCGUGAGGAAGAGACCUUGGGGUCGAUUCGCAGCAGAGAUCCGUGAUCCAUGGAAGAAAUCUCGUGUUUGGCUCGGUACUUUCGAUUCCGCCGAAGAAGCCGCACGCGCUUACGACGCCGCCGCGAGAAACCUCCGUGGACCAAAGGCCAAAACCAAUUUCCCGAUUGAUUGCUCUCCUUCUUCUCCUCUACAACAACAACAACAUCAGAAUCUGCGAUUCUCCUCUUUCCCGACGAAUCAAAUUCAAAAUCAAAACCAGGUCGAUCCGUUUAUGGACCAUCGGUUAUACGGCGGAGUUUCUUUACACCUCCCGGAGCAACAGUAUCCGAUUGUUAGCCGGCCGACGAGCAGCAGCAUGAGCAGCACCGUCGAAUCGUUUAGCGGACCGAGACCUACGGCGGCGAAUAAACCGCCGUCGACGACGAAGAGAUAUCCUAGAACGCCUCCUGUAGUUCCGGAGGAUUGUCACAGCGAUUGCGGUUCGUCAUCGUCUGUUAUUGACGACGGAGACGACGAUCUCGCUUCGUCUUCUCGUCGGAGAAAUCCGCCGUUUCAAUUCGAUCUUAAUUUCCCACCGUUGGAUGAUGUUGAUUUUUUCAACGGCUCAGAUGAUCUUCACUGCACCGAUCUACGUCUCUGAUUGAAUGGGGGUAACAAACAAUAAUCACAGAUCCAUGAUUUGAUGAUUUGAUGAAAGAACACCAAAAAAUAUUAUCCCCUUCUCCAAUUUUUUUUUCAACAAAGAAAUUUUUAUUUUUUGUUUUAGUUUCUUUUUCUUUGAUCUCAUAAUAUUUUUAAUAUGCGGGAGAAAUAGAAAGAAAAGAAGAAAGGAAGAAGAAGAAGAAGAAGAAGAUGAAGAUGGUAAAGGCUUGUGCUGUUUUCUGUUUCUUCUCUGAUGAAUAUUUGUAAGAGUAUCGAUAUGAUUAUUAUUAUUACAUCUUCGAAUCAAGAAGAGGAAAGACGAACGAUGAUCUGUGUUUGUUUGUUUACUGUAAGAAGAAAAACAGAUCUGGGGUUUUCGUUUUUCUCAUCUGUUUCUUAAAAAAGAUCCAACCCUCUUUGUAACAUAUACAUUUGGAACUGAUGAUUCUGAAUAAUCAAAAUCUAGAAUCUUUCUUUAGA